GUUCGAAUGAGAGCCGGACAUGUAGCUGAAAAAAAACAUUUGCAGGCCUAUUAGAAGAGGAGAUUUGGAUGCUACCAACCAGUCAGUGCGGUAUGAAUGGGGCGAGUUGAAUGGGACAUGUUGCAACAUUUUUGUUUUCUGAGCAUGUGACCGAUUUAAUCUCGCUUUGACGUUGAAUCUCGAAUGCUGAAUGGGCAGUUCGUGCGGGACGGAAGUAGGGAAUAGCUGGUACAAACUCCAUAGAGCGAGAAGUCUGAGCAGGCAUUAGGCUGCAGGAAUUCAGUCGCCGUGAAUCUGGUUUAUUGAAAGAUUUGUCGCAGCAGCCCUGAAGUUGUGUCGGUAAUUUCCAUAAAGGGAGAAUGGAGAUUCUCCAGCCGCGCGUCAUUGUCCUGCUGCUGUGCGUCUCCGUGGCUCUACACUGGCAGGGACUUUCAGCUGCCCCAUUCAGCCAGCCGUCCUCAGCUGCCCCGCUCAACCAGCGACCCAUAAUAGGUGUUCUGGCUCAGGAAACAUUUGGUGCUUUUGCAAACUUUGGCAAUAGCUACAUUGCAGCAUCAUAUGUGAAAUACCUGGAAUCUGCUGGAGCAAGAGUUGUACCCAUUAGCAUUAACCUAAGCGAAACUGAAUACCAGAAAAUAUUUUAUUCUAUAAAUGGGGUGCUUUUUCCAGGUGGUCAAGUAGACCUUAAGACAUCACAAUAUGCCAAGAUUGCAUCUUUGUUUUAUAAUCUUGCAAUACAGGCCAAUGAUAAUGGGACUUAUUUCCCAGUCUGGGGAACUUGUCUUGGAUUUGAAGAGUUGACUGUUCUUACCAGUGGAAAGAAACUUCUGAUUGCUACAAAGACCCAGAACCUGCCUCUUCCUUUAAAAUUCAGCAAAGAUGCAGCAGGCAGUCGGAUGUUUAAGAGCUUUCCUGAAGAUCUGAUGCAUGCAUUGGCUGUAGAACCUUUAACUGCAAAUUUCCACAAGUGGAGUCUCUCUGUAAAGACAUUUACAAGCAAUACAAAAUUGAAAAACUUCUACAAAAUCUUGGCUACUAAUACCGACAGUCAAAAGAUUGAAUUUAUAUCUACAAUGGAAGCACGCAGAUAUCCUAUUUAUGCAGUUCAAUGGCAUCCUGAGAAAAAUCCUUAUGAAUGGAAUCCAAAAAAGAGCAUCCCACAUUCCAGCAAUGCCGUGAAACUAGCAUGGUACAUGGCAGACUUUUUUGUUAAUGAAGCUCGGAAGAAUUGGCAUCAUUUUCCUAAUGAAACAGAAGAAGAGAAGGCUUUGAUUUAUAAUUAUGUACCAGUUUACACUGGCAACUUCUCUGGCUUUGAACAGAUUUAUUUAAUUGAUAAUCCCCACUUCACUUAAGAAGUGGCCUUUGGCAAAUAAGUCCUCUUUGUGCCAAGGUGGGGAGAACUAUUUGAAAUUGUAUGGUUUCCCAACCAGGCAGAAGUCAGAAAAUGUCCUUUAAACUUAAUCAUUUAAUUCUAAUGAUCUCUGUAUAAAAAUGGUUAUGUUAACUUUGUGGCCUAUAGGAAAUAAUAUAUAAUUGUCUGGAUAGUGGCACUAUCAGGAGAAAAUUAAUGAAUGUUGUGAGAUUUUUGCUUUUGCUUGCUUUUUCUGACUGAUUUGGAUUAUCCAGUGGGUAAAGCUACAGUUUUGGCUACAGCAGUUCAUUUUGAUAGAAGCACACCAUCUCUGCUUCAUUAUACUGACAAGGUAGGCUAUCAGUGCUGGUUUCUGUGUUUGUGAAAUAAGCUCCAUAAGGAAUAUGGUUUGUAUCUUGGUGGUGAAGUUCCUUUAAUUUAUAAUUUUAUCAAGUCACACUAAAUGUAAAAUCAGAUUCUCCAUUUUGUACUUGCAUGAACUCUAAAGGAAAUUUAUCUGAAGGGAAGCAUCUGAAUAACAUAUCUGAAUACAUUAUGCCUUCUCCAUCCCAGAAUACUUUCGUAAAACUAAAUUGUCAUCCUUCAUGUUCCCUCGACAGUGCACGUCAGAAAAUCUAGCAAAUUUGAUCCAGGUUUGAGUAGAGAAUCACUGUUACUACCCAACUGACAGUCUAAUGUGAAUCUCUCCUGUUGAAUGCAGAAAUGCUAAACAUGAAAAUUUAUCCUGUCUUUUUUAGACAAAGGAUAAAUUUUGAAGCUUGCAGGUGAAUUAUAUAUAAGCCAAUUUGCUAAAAAUGUAUUUUCUUAAUUAUAAACUAUAAUUUCACCACAAAUCCCAUUUCAAUACAAAAUGCAAUUUGCCUCCAAAAACUUUAGCUUGGGUGCACUUGCAGAAUGGCUAAAUUCAUCGCUAUAUUUUCAAAGAGCUUUUGUGAAGGCUAAAGUUAACCAAACUAUGUCUGUAAAUCAGGAUUCCUGUUUAUUUUAAUCAAACAGUGUGAGAUUGCAUACUGCUUCUGCAGAACAAAGGGGGAACAAAAUCGUGCAGCUUCUAAACUGAGCUGUCAGUUCACCUCUCAUCCUCUUGACACUGUCUGUCCAAUUUCAUUUCCAAAGUUUUUGUUUUGUUUUGUCGUGAAAUAGCAUUAACCAAGUAAAACGAAAGGCAAAGCAUUUUUUAUAAUUUAACUGUUUAAGCUCUCCUUAUGAACUACAUAUAAUCUUGCAUUUCAGUCUCUGAUUUCAGUGUCUGAAUUUGAGAAAACUGUGGUCUUUGUAGUAAGUGAAUGUUUUUGCCAAGUAUGAUUUGCUGAAUAUCAGAGGACAUUUUUAUGCAUUGCACAAUUCUGCACAUCUGUUCACCUGUAAUACAGGGUAUACAAUAGCUUUUGGAAAAUGAAAUUGUUUUCUUGAUCUGUGAUAAAGCUCAAUAAAAUUAAA